GCCUCGUCUCGUCCCCUGCCUCCCUCUGAAUCCCGAUCGCUUCCUGGAUCUCGCCGCGAGCUCGAGGGGCUUAGCGGCGGCGGCCGUCUCCGGCGAUGCCUGCCGCGGCCGUCUCCGGCGGCGCGGCCGAUGCGGAGGAGCUGUUCCGCACGAAGCGCAUCCUGGAGAUCCGCGCGGCGGAGGGCGCCACGCGCCGCGAGAUCUCCGCCAAGGAGGAGGAGCUCCGCCAGCUCGUCGGCCGCAGCUACCGCGACCUCCUCGACUCCGCGGACUCGAUACUCCUCAUCAAGCAGUCCUCCGACGCCGUCUCCGGCAACCUCUCCCGCAUCUCCGAGUCGCUCGCGUCGCUCACGCCGCCCCCCGAGGCCCCCGCCACCGCUACCGGCGCCGCCUCGCCUUCCCCGUCCGGUGGUAGGGUCCGGCUCUACUCGUCGGCGGCGCGCGCUAAGUACCUGGUCGACACCCCCGAGCACAUUUGGGGGCGCCUCGACGAGGGCUUGCUCCUGGAGGCCGCGGGGCGGUACGUCCGGGCUCAGGUCGUGCACGACGUGCUCUCUCGCGACGCCGCGGCGGCCGCGCGGUUCCCGCUGCUCACGCACCAGGCGCAGCUGGUGGAGGCGUUCCGGGCCCAGAUCGCACAACGCGCUCGCGAGCGCCUCGCCGACCGGCGCCUCACCGUCGUUGCCCACGCCGACGCGCUCGCGGCCGCAGCCUCAAUCGAUGCACCGUCGCUCACCCCGUCCCAGGCACUCCUCCUCUUCCUCUCCUCCCGCCGCGCCUGGAUCUCCCAAUCCCUAACCGCCCUUGCCUCGGAUCUGUCCUCCUACGCCUCCGUGCUGUGCGAUGUCGCCAGGAUCGUGCGGCUCACGCUGGGUCACGUUGGGCAGUUGUUCGUGUUUGCGCUCAACGACUUGCCACUGUUUUUCAAGACGGUACUCGAUUUGCCGCCCCCUUCCCAGCUGUUUGGCGGCAUUCCAGACCCUGUCGAGGAGACACGGUUGUGGAAAGGACACUGGGAUCAGCUUGAGGCCACCAUGGUGUUACUAGAGCCAGAUGCUGUCGCACGAACCUGUACAGAUUGGCUGAAGGAAUGCUGUGAUGAGAUUUUUGGUGUUAUUGCUGGAGGACAAAGGCUAGUUGAUGCCAUUGAGAGUGGGGAAGGGCUUGGAUCUGUGCAGAGACUUGUGCGGGAGGCACUAGAUGGGAGAGAAGGACUGGAAGGGAGUCUGGAACAGUGGCUGAAGAGUGUGUUUGGAUCAGAGAUUGAAUCUCCAUGGGAUCAGAUCCGUGGUCUGAUCUUGAAGGAAGGGAAAGACAUUUUUGAGGAUUGGAUGGAGGAAGCAUUUGUGCAACGGAUGAAAGACAUUGUGCAUUCUGGAUUUGGCAGCUUGGAUGAUAGUGUAGAUGUUAAGAAAUCAAUUGAGGAUAUUGUCGCCAAUGCUGAUCCAAAGGAUCCUGGUAAUUUCCUGGUGUAUUUGCGAAAAGCUUCUACUGGGGGUAACGUCUGGUUCUCCGAGUCCAAAAUCAAGAAAGGUGGAAUUUUGGCACAUUUGAAACCAAUUGCUGAUGAGAAUGACUUCUACAGCUGCCUUACCUCGUAUUUUGGGCCAGAAGUUAGUCGCAUCAGGAAUGCAAUUGACAGCAAAUGCAAGACUAUUCUUGAGGAUCUGUUAAGCUUUGUGGAGUCCCACAAUUCUGGUCCAAGAUUGAAGGAUCUGGUGCCAUACCUCCAGGAGAAUUGCUAUACGACAAUCUCUGGAAUACUGAAUGGAUUAGAAGCCGAGCUUGGAAAAUUGUCUGAUUCUCUGAGAACCAAAAAAGGGGACAACAACAUGCUCGCAGCAUCUGUUAUCGUGGAGAGGUCUCUCUUCAUUGGCCGUCUCCUGUUUGCAUUGAGAUACCACUCAAGUCAUGUACCCCUGAUACUAGGCUCCCCAAGGCAGUGGAUAAAGGAGGCUGGCGGUGCAGCAUUUAUGAGAUUAUCAUCGCCCUCACCAAGAUAUUCAAGAGUAUCGUUUGAUACAGCGAUGCCUUUUACCCCUAGGAGGCACACAUUUGACAGCCCAAGGAGUCCUGGAAGGCAAUUUUCUGACAACCCCAGAAGACAAACUAUUGCUGCUGCUGCUUCCCUAUUUGGUGCUGAUGAUAGCUCUAACCCCAGACUGGAUGAACUAAACAAGACCUUACAGGCACUUUGCAUUGUAGCUCAUGGCUUGUGGAUAACAUGGUUGUCCACUGAAUUAUCACACCUUCUCUCAUAUGACCUUAACAAAGAUGAUUCAUUGUCUUCAUCAACCCCUUUACGGGGAUGGGAAGUCACGGUUAUCAAACAAGAGGAAUCCACUGAGGGGCCCUUGGAGAUGCAAAUAGCACUUCCAUCAAUGCCUUCACUGUACAUUAUAUCCUUUCUUUAUCAAGCAUGUUUGGAGAUCCAUAAAAUUGGAGGGCACAUCCUGGACAAAUCUAUAUUGCAUAACUUUGCAUGGGAGUUGUUACAGAAGGUUAUUGCUAUCUAUGAAAACUUUUUGGCAUCAGUCGAGUCUGGUAAAUCUGUAGUUUCAGAAAACGGGGUUCUGCAAAUACUGCUUGACUUGCGCUUCAUUGGCGAUGUCCUGUCCGGAGGCAAAAGUUCUUCUACCAAAACUACUGAAACGCAGAGAACACAUGACUCUUUGCCAAGCACCAUUGCUAAGACUUCCUUCAGGAGAAAACAACCACAAUUGCAGGCAGAUUCAGCUACCGUAGAACCUAUAAACAAGCUGAUCAACAAAUUCUCGCAGAGAUUGGAUCCGAUAGACUGGGCUACGUAUGAACCUUAUCUGUGGGAGAAUGAGAAGCAAUCUUACAAGCGCUAUGUUGUUCUUUUUGGGUUCUUAGUUCAACUGAAUCACAUGUACACUGGAACUGUGCAAAAGCUACCGACAAAAUCAAAUACAGAUUCAAACAUUAUGAGGUGCUCUCAAGUCCCAAGAUUCAAGUAUCUACCAAUCAGUGCCCCAGCUCUAUCAUCAAGAGCACACAAACCAUCAUUACAAUCUACAUCCGAUGAUUCCACAUCUAGAAACCCUUGGAAAUCAUAUUCAAAUGGAGAAAGAUCGACAGCCCCAGAAUUUGAUGAUAAUGUUAGCCUUGGAGGUGCUGCACCAUUGCUCAAGUCAUUUGUUACCCAGGUUGGGAGCAAAUUUGGGGAAAACACAUCAAGAUGGGGGUCCAUAAUCUCUGAUGGACAGGUUGGCAAACUCAGCGACAUUCUUCCUGGACCAGCAGCUGGGUUCUUUUCAUCCUUCACAUCUGGGGUCCGAUAUGAUCCAUAGCCACUGUGCCGUGAUCCUUGAUCUUCGCCCCGUACAUCCCAUAGGCCAAAUGCAAAUUGACAUGCAUGAAUGGCACACCAUCAAUUGACAACACGAUGUAUGCUAUUGGAUAUCUGUUGCUUACGGAACGAUGCCACAGCUAGGACAGGCGUUACUUGGCUCAGCCAACAAAGCCCCUUCACAUUUUGUGUGAUCGGUCUGCAAUGUAGAAGCUCAGCUGGCGGCUCACUAGAUCUGCCCGCUCUUGUACACUACAGAGAUGGAAGGUGCUCCGAUACUUGGAGAUCAGGUGCGGUUUGGGCGUGUUUGCUGCUCGCAAUUUUACAAGGUAUAGGAGAAGCAAGUGAUUUACUGCUGGUGUUAGGCUACACCUAUUCGUGCAAAGAAUUUUGGACUCCAUUCUUUCUUUUCUUUUCCCUUUUUAUUAUGUUAGCUCCGCGGUUUGGAGAAGGAUGUUUAGAUCCGGGCAGUUAUGAUUACUGCAGCGGGUGUGGUUUUCGAAAGCGUGAGGGUAAAUUCACACAUAUGUACACUUGAAAAUAGCAAUAAAGCAUGUAACUUCGCCUUCUGAAACCA